GGUAGGUAACUGUGCGCAGAAAUUUUGAAGUGCAAGGUACCUAUCUAUCUACCUUAGGUAAGCAGUAUCUUAUCUAACAGACAGGUACGUAUCUUGCAGGGUGUCCAUGCACAUUCAUGCCAUUCAUUCCCCAUGAUUUCUUUCAGCUGCUGCUCUCGUCUAGAGAAAAAACAACACCCGCCUCACCAGCAGCCGUCACAGACACGAUGUGUGCAAUGGCAUCAUCACCUCCACGAACACCGAUAGAUAUUCGCGACAAUGACUUUGAAUCUCUUUCAAUCGCCUCAAUCAUUCGAUCACACCCCCAUGAGCGUCUCUUCGUGAGGCCCCUGCACUGGACAUUGCGUCACGUCAACGACCUGCUAGGCUGCAGCUUCAUCCACCACAAAUCAUCACCUCCAUUGUCGCGCCUUUCUCCUCCAUCGUCGCCAAACCGCAAGCUUGAUUCCAGCACCGUUUUGCGUGCUCAAACUACGACCGGUAUUGAUGUCUCAUCUCCCAAAGUCGUACCUCGGCCUCACCCGUCCCCCAACGACCAGCACGUCAGGAUUCUGGCUCAAGGCCGGUCAUUGUUCGCCAAGGCAGCUGCCCUGUCGGCCCUCGUGUCAAACGGCCCUGCUGCCCUUGAGCGAACAAGUAAACAACUCAUCUUUCACUUCGACGGGCAUUCAAUUCCCAUGCCAGCCUCCAUCUUCUCUCGCCCACAACCAACCCUUCCUCCCGGUGGCACACUGCCCAUACUUGCUUUCUUGCAUCGUCUUGAUAUCCAACGCAGCCGCGAGGCCUCCCUGGAGUACAUCCUUUGCCCACCACCAAGCCGUCGGCCCAGUAGUCCCACCGCGCGACUCUACGACAAAAGGCUCGCACAAACCACCCCCUCCGACCCGCUGCAGGAUCCCUAUAUCCUGGCCAUGCUCAUCGCCCUCGCCCAAUCCCAGCAGCGCCAAUAUGCUCGAGCUCGUCUGCUCUCCACGACCCAAAGCUUCCAGGUAUGUCUGUCGCCUCUGCUGUCGCGCUCAUCCAUCGCCCAUGGACUUACCCCAACUCUGGCCACGCAGGUUCAUGUCAUCGUGAGCGAUACCAAGGUCAAGUCGCACCUUGUCCUAUACACUGCCGACGUGCCUUCCGUCUUCCUCGACAGACUUACAAGCCCACACAAGCGUCCCCACGCCGCCCACCAUCUCGCUAUCCGCUCGAUCGAUAUCCCCUUCCAACCGUACUCGUCGUUUCUGGAACGACUAACGCAAACGGUGGUCCCCCCGAGUCCGAAGCGUUCCUGAGACUUGGACCCAUCGGAUGAGAACGCAAGGACUAACAAGCGCAGGAAGAUGGCAUGAGGAGAAGGAAGGAACAGCGACAAGGCACAAUAAUGAAUACCUUCAUCUCACGAUUGGAACGGUGGAUACGGCAUGUGCGGAUACUGCAAAAUGACGGGUUUGGCUUCAUUGUUCGGCGUAAUCAAGAUACCCAUUCUGUUUUUUUUUUUCUUCGCUACAUAGCGGCGGCCGCCCACUAGGCUGGACACUGCCAAAGUUCGCUCAUCGCCCAAGACACGAUUCUGUACGAGACUUGGGGGACGGGGGGGGCGAAGGCU